AUGCGUCAACUCUCGUUCAAACGGACGCCGACGGCGACGGCGACGACUAAACACCACGCCACUACCACCACCAAGACCAGCACCAAGACCGCCACCCUAUUGGGAUUCGGACUGUUGAUGGCUGCGCCGGGGUUCUGGGUGGCCCAGGUCCAUGCUGCUCCAAACCCUGGCAUUAGUCUCAAUAACGCUGUCUCUGUUUUGGCUAACCACAACAACAAGCUGCUGGAAGCCAAGAGACACAUCCACGGUGUUGAAGAUGUUGUUGUUGACAGGUCGAGCUCCAUGGUGGCCAAGAAGGAUGACAACGACAACAACAACUCCGACAAGAGAAAGGAUGUUGCUGGCGAUGACAACGAAGCCGAUCCCUGGUUGAUGCCUAUCGACAAGUUCAACGAUAACUACCUCGAUCCGUACUGGGCGAAGCGCAACCAAUCUGCUGUACAUGGACGGUCGUCGCUGGUGGGGAUGUCGAGGAUGGUGCACGGGAAGAGGACCGCGCCUGUUUAUGAUUCUGCCCUCUACUGCGGCAUCUUCGCCACCGGCUACAUGGAAGACACCUCCGCCCUUCUCCUUGACUUCAAAAAAAAGUACAACAUCCAAGAAUACCAAGUCGGGUGGAAAACCUGUCGACGGGUAGCCUGCAAGAACACUUCGGGAGUCUACAUCUGCAACGACGCCAAGGCCAUCGUGCGGGUGACGGGCACGCGCAUCAACACGCUCGGCACCAUCCCGCAGGACAACUGCUGCCACCAAGGGCCCGCGGACAACGUGACGAGGAAAGUCGGCCAUGGCAUUUCCGGCCAGAAGUUCACCGGCACGGGGUUUAAUGUCAUUAUUGCUUAUGCGAAUUGUAAUAAGGGAGAGAGCGAAUAUUUCCCGAAGAUGGGACCGGAGGAUAAUCCUUGGGGACCGAAUUUGCAGUGUUAUACGGAGUUUUAUGGGCUGAGUCCUAGUCAGACUAAUGGGGAGGUGCAGGUUAAGAAGAGGGAGAGGGAUAGGUCAAGUGUGCAGGUGGUGGAAAAGAGGGAACCGGUGCCGGAACCGGAGUGGGAGUUGGUGGAUGAUGGCACGGGAGUCAUGGAUUUGGUGGAGAAGGAGAAUGCGCCGAUGAUGAGGAAGAGGGCUGAGGAGAGGAGUGCCCUGAUGAAGAAGAGGGAGGCUGAGGCUGAUGCUGAGAAGAUGAAGGAGAAGAAAAAGAGGGAGACAAAUGAAAUGGGUGGGGAUGCGGAUGAGGUGAAGAAGAGGGCAGAAAAGAAGUUUGAGGCUUGA